AUGCAAGGCAUUCUGUGGAAUGCAGAAUACGCAUUUCUACGGAUUGGCGGAUAUGUAGGAUGCUUCAAAGAACAGUUAAGUAAGACAUUGAACGGGAAACAUAAUACAUCAGAUUCUAUGACUGUGGAAAAUUGUAAGGAAUUCUGUCAACAUCAGGAUACUCAGUUCUACGGUUUGAAGUCUUCCGGUAAAUGCUUCUGUGUGAAUUCUCUUUCACAAAGUGUCAAAACAGCAGACAAAGAAUGCAGUUCCAAAUGCAGCGGAAAUGGGGAGCAAAUUUGUGGUGGUGAUCGAAGAAUAAGUGUUUAUAAGAAUGCCAACUACCAAAAAGGUUAUCUGGGCUGUUUCCUGUAUCAGCCUGGAAUAACUUUAAGGAAUGGAAAAUAUAGCAGGAGUUAUCCUAGUGUGGAAAAGUGCAAGACGUUUUGCGGAAAACAAAAUGCUCAUUUCUACGGAUUAGCGCAUGGAAAUCAGUGUUUAUGUGGUGAUCGAGGAAGAACGGUUCGAAAGGGAGAGAUAGAAUGUAGUCAUCUGUGCUCUGGAAAUGGAAAUGAGUUUUGCGGAGGACAUUGGAGGAUAAGUCUGUAUAUAAAUCGAAACUACGACAAAGGGUAUGUAGGAUGCUUCCAAGAUCAGUCAAGUAAGACAUUGAACGGGAAACAUAAUACAUCAGAUUCUAUGACUGUGGAAAAUUGUAAGGAAUUCUGUCAACAUCAGGAUACUCAGUUCUACGGUUUGAAGUCUUCCAGUAAAUGCUUCUGUGUGAAUUCUCUUUCACAAAGUGUCAAAACAGCAGACAAAGAAUGCAGUUCCAAAUGCAGCGGAAAUGGGGUGCAAAUUUGUGGUGGUGAUCGAAGAAUAAGUGUUUAUAAGAAUGUCAACUACCAAAAAGGUUAUCUGGGCUGUUUCCUGUAUGAGCAUGGAAUAACUUUAAGGAAUGGAAAAUAUAGCAGGAGUUAUCCUAGUGUGGAAAAGUGCAAGACGUUUUGCGGAAAACAAAAUGCUCAUUUCUACGGAUUAGCGCAUGGAAAUCAGUGUUUAUGUGGUGAUCGAGGAAGAACGGUUCGAAAGGGAGAGAUAGAAUGUAGUCAUCUGUGCUCUGGAAAUGGAAAUGAGUUUUGCGGAGGACAUUGGAGGAUAAGUCUGUAUAUAAAUCGAAACUACGACAAAGGGUAUGUAGGAUGCUUCCAAGAUCAGUCAAGUAAGACAUUGAACGGGAAACAUAAUACAUCAGAUUCUAUGACUGUGGAAAAUUGUAAGGAAUUCUGUCAACAUCAGGAUACUCAGUUCUACGGUUUGAAGUCUUCCAGUAAAUGCUUCUGUGUGAAUUCUCUUUCACAAAGUGUCAAAACAGCAGACAAAGAAUGCAGUUCCAAAUGCAGCGGAAAUGGGGUGCAAAUUUGUGGUGGUGAUCGAAGAAUAAGUGUUUAUAAGAAUGUCAACUACCAAAAAGGUUAUCUAGGCUGUUUCCUGUAUGAGCAUGGAAUAACUUUAAGGAAUGGAAAAUAUAGCAGGAGUUAUCCUAGUGUGGAAAAGUGCAAGACGUUUUGCGGAAAACAAAAUGCUCAUUUCUACGGAUUAGCGCAUGGAAAUCAGUGUUUAUGUGGUGAUCGAGGAAGAACGGUUCGAAAGGGAGAGAUAGAAUGUAGUCAUCUGUGCUCUGGAAAUGGAAAUGAGUUUUGCGGAGGACAUUGGAGGAUAAGUCUGUAUAUAAAUCGAAACUACGACAAAGGGUAUGUAGGAUGCUUCCAAGAUCAGUCAAGUAAGACAUUGAACGGGAAACAUAAUACAUCAGAUUCUAUGACUGUGGAAAAUUGUAAGGAAUUCUGUCAACAUCAGGAUACUCAGUUCUACGGUUUGAAGUCUUCCAGUAAAUGCUUCUGUGUGAAUUCUCUUUCACAAAGUGUCAAAACAGCAGACAAAGAAUGCAGUUCCAAAUGCAGCGGAAAUGAGGAGCAAAUUUGUGGUGGUGAUCGAAGAAUAAGUGUUUAUAAGAAUGUCAACUACCAAAAAGGUUAUCUAGGCUGUUUCCUGUAUGAGCAUGGAAUAACUUUAAGGAAUGGAAAAUAUAGCAGGAGUUAUCCUAGUGUGGAAAAGUGCAAGACGUUUUGCGGAAAACAAAAUGCUCAUUUCUACGGAUUAGCGCAUGGAAAUCAGUGUUUAUGUGGUGAUCGAGGAAGAACGGUUCGAAAGGGAGAGAUAGAAUGUAGUCAUCUGUGCUCUGGAAAUGGAAAUGAGUUUUGCGGAGGAUAUUGGAGGAUAAGUCUGUAUAUAAAUCGAAACUACGACAAAGGGUAUGUAGGAUGCUUCCAAGAUCAGUCAAGUAAGACAUUGAACGGGAAACAUAAUACAUCAGAUUCUAUGACUGUGGAAAAUUGUAAGGAAUUCUGUCAACAUCAGGAUACUCAGUUCUACGGUUUGAAGUCUUCCAGUAAAUGCUUCUGUGUGAAUUCUCUUUCACAAAGUGUCAAAACAGCAGACAAAGAAUGCAGUUCCAAAUGCAGCGGAAAUGAGGAGCAAAUUUGUGGUGGUGAUCGAAGAAUAAGUGUUUAUAAGAAUGUCAACUACCAAAAAGGUUAUCUGGGCUGUUUCCUGUAUCAGCCUGGAAUAACUUUAAGGAAUGGAAAAUAUAGCAGGAGUUAUCCUAGUGUGGAAAAGUGCAAGACGUUUUGCGGAAAACAAAAUGCUCAAUUCUACGGAUUAGCGCAUGGAAAUCAGUGUUUAUGUGGUGAUCGAGGAAGAACGGUUCGAAAGGGAGAGAUAGAAUGUAGUCAUCUGUGCUCUGGAAAUGGAAAUGAGUUUUGCGGAGGACAUUGGAGGAUAAGUCUGUAUAUAAAUCGAAACUACGAUAACGGUAUGAUGAUUCAGUCUUUGGAGCUUCAAGAUGAACAAUCUGACAAGAAAGGGUCAAAAGAUACCCGUCAUCAUGAUCAAAAACCUAGUAUACAGGCUUCGUUUGCUAAUGAUGUUCACUCUCUUGUUUGUCUGAUCAAAGACCUUGGCAAUCCUUUCGAUAAAUUAUGUAAAGAUCUUCUAGUUCUAGAUACAAAGGAACUUUCAGACCAAUCUGCAUUUCUAAGAGCUUCCCGUGUAGACCUGGUAUGGGAAAAAGAUAUAGACAAUUCAUUAAAAGGUAACGGUAGAGCAAAGCGAGGCAAGAGAAAACAAAUACGUGUGACUGCCGAGUCAACAGUACCUAGAGAUUGGCAAGAUUUCCUCGAGUAG